UUUCAGUCUGUCGCGUGUGUUGCUACGGCGCAUAUAGGAUAUAUACCACUCGUUGUUGCUGCUGCUGCCGCUGUAGCUGCUGCAACUCUCCUGAUGCUCUCGAAUCGCGGUGGUGAUAACGCGAUGCCGUGACAGAAGCGGAACGUUCGCAAGAGUCACGUUAUAUAUACGCGACCGAGAAAGAGAGAGAGAGAGAGAGAGAGAGAGAGAGAGAGAGAGAGAGAGAGAGAGAGAGAGACAGAGCAAGAGAGAGAGAGAAGGUGCGCAAAUCCCACGCGGAUCAUCUCCACGUCAGGACGCAAGAUGAUGUCCCGACGGAGCAUCGUGCGACAUUGUCGUCGUCAUUCGGAAAUCACCGUUCCUCGCGCGUAAAUCCCAGCUUCGUGGAAAUUUCUGUUCGCGCGACAUCGACGUCCGAUCUCGUUUGAUACUGAGAGCCGCCGGAAAUUUACGGGAACGUUUCCGCGAAAUGAUACGCGAGGCAUGGCAAACCUGACACGCGAGAUAAAAAUCGCAGUUUGUAUGUAGCAGACGUGGAAUUGAUCCCGCGGGAGAUCCGCGACUCGAUGGGAAGACGAACGCCGAUCCUCGUCGAUCCAGUCCCGAGAGACUGAGAUUGAAAAAUCACGCCGAAAAGUCACCAUUGAUCUGAUUUGUAACGAAUUUCAACGCACAAUUCUAUUCGCGCCGACGUCCGAUUAAAAUAAUGUCGCGUGAGUCUUUAAAAAGCACACGAGAGGAAAAGGUCGAGCACGUCGCUUCGGUGACUGCAGCACCGCUCCGGUGGUACCCGAGAGAUGACUAUACCAUCAGGUCGCCGAGAGCGAUAAGCCUAUUAUCAGGCAGCUUUAAGUGAAGCGAGAUUGAUCGCGUAAAAAUAACCGACGCGCGGCACAAAAAAAAGAGAGAGAAUCACGUGGCGGGAAUGCGCGCGAAGUGCAUCCUACGGCGGCGGCGACUGUAUUGGUGCGCGUUACGCGAUCGUCAACACCGUGCGCGUGCAUGAGGGUGACUUCCGGUCACGGGCGGCAAUUGUAUCUUGCGUAUCACCGCUGACAGGUGUGUAUCCCGCAUCUUGCAAUUACGGAAAUGUUGGCGGGAUUCGUUACUCUGACGCCGGCGGAUGACGAUUGGCGCGCGUAUUGUCCGUAACACACAAGAUCCAGAUGAUGACGGAUUCGCCGACACCAUCGAGCAGUAGACAUCACGACGAUAAAUGCGACAAGCACGAAAGAUCCGACAAGUCAGUGUUACUGCAAAUUCAGGACAUAAACAGCCAAGUAGCGCAGUUUCGAGAUCUGCUCAUUAAUAUUGGACAACCGCGCGACUCUCCGGAGCUACGAGAGAAAAUACGGAAGUUGCGUCGUAACUGCGUGGAUGCUUGCAAGAACACAUCUCAACUGGUACUGCCGCAUGUGCAAAGCGCCAUGGAUGUCGGAAUACCGGUGGACAGUCCGAAUCUGGUCUUGUUAUUCUACGUGGUGCAACUCUUCCUACGCGAACUGCACAAAAGCAAAAACCUUAUACAAAUCGUACCCAUGGACAUGUCCGGAUAUUACGAAAGCCGCGCCGGGCCUUCGUAUAUCGGCAACGUGGUCUCGCAGAUCCUUCUGUGCAAACAGAUUAGGCCGGACUUUAACGAGGAGGAGCUGUGCAGCAUCCGUAAGGACUCGGAGGAGAUCGGCCGGCUGAUAGCAGAGUUACAAGAAUUCAUGCCCCAAUCCGAAGCUGACACGGAGAAACCCGUGGCUCUUCACAAUCCUGGGAACAAAAUCAAUCGGAACAAUGGAACACGGAGGAUGAACCGAUGGAACAGUAACAGGGAUCGACAAUCGUCCUAUUUUCGCAGCGGCUUCAGAUUUCUGUGCUGCGCCGCGAGUACGAAUUACGUUUAAUGUAUAAGCCAUUUCUAUCUCAUUAAAAGGUAUAUUUUCGAUUACGCAAAUAAUUAAUACGCACCAAUAUUUUCGCCGCAAUUCCGAUUUACUAAAAUAAAUUUAAUAGAAAUUAAUGGCUUUCAGCUCUCGUAAACAGUUCGAGGGUUACGAAGGAAAAUUCUAUUUAAGAAAUAUACCGAAAUUUAGUGCAGAUAGAAUUUAAAGUUGUUUUUCUCACGUUUUAAUAUCACGUUAAUAUCUUUAUUUAUCGUAACUUUUCAACUGACUUUUCAUUAAUGUUUCAUUAAUGUAUCUGAUAAAAUACACUUUAAACUUGGAAAAUAGCGGGUACCAAACGUUGCAACGAUAACGUCGGGAAACACAUCGCGAGGCCUAAUCGAGGCCUAAACCUGUCCUACUCGCGAGAGUUAUUCUUGGAACACAAAUCUUUAACAUAUAGUUGGUGACAAUCAAAGUAGCUCGAAACUGAUACCGAAACUUGUUAAGAAAUCGCGCCGCACGAUGGAUACGAGUAACAGACAAUGGGCACGGGUGAAAAAAAAAAGGAAUUUCAGCACUUUUUACACUUCUCAGCAAGAAUUCUAGUGGCACUCGAUAUACUCCUUCCAUUUUUUCGGACGCCCUUCUUUUAUUCUCUCCUAAGAAUUUGCUGGCCCAUUAAAUUUUCAAGUGGUGGACAAAAGGACUGGCGCGAAGCCCUUUGCACAAGUUCGCUAGAAUCGUUUCUCUAAUCUUAUCACGAUUGCUCCGAUAUUAAUAACUCGAAUCUAUCUCCCAAAAUCAUAUUUCUUGAAAGAAUUAGCGUGUUAAUUCUCUUGCUUUAUUAUAUUUAAGAUUUUAUGUAUUAAUUUCAAAUUUAAUUGAACAUUUCAAUGAAACAUUGUUUGCAUAAUCAAAACUAGUUUGUAAUCAAAUUUGGAUCUUGAAAAAUACUACGAAACCUAGACAAUUCAUCGUAACGUUGAAUUAUGUCGUCGGAGCGACGCGUCUAUGUCAAAGCAAAUAGAUGCACAUUGUGGAGCAAUUAUAAUCCUAGCGUAUUUACAAGUGAGUGGACCAACCUCGAUCUAUUUAUAAUGCGCGAUGGGCAAGCGCGCGCACGCAUUGUAGUUAUAGUAUGCGCGUUUCGCGUCGCGUAUAUAUAGAGAUUAUCUACUAUAAAGCAAUACACACAUAUACACACCAGAGUUACAUAGAAACGUAUAUGCAGAGAUGUGCAUGUGUUAUAAACGAAUAGACCUCUAGUCGCAUACAUCUCUUGCACAUAAAUUAUGCAACCAGAAAUGCUAUUGUGUUGUUAUAUCGUGACUUUAACCCUAAACAGUAUCAACAGUAUCUUACAAAAAUAACGGAGUAUGUAAGAGAUUUUACGAAACUGUAAUUGUCAAUUUUUAUUUUAAAUGCGCUUGUCUUUGAUAUAUUUUCAUUUAUUUUUUUCAAUAAAUAUAAAUAUGAUAUCCUAAUGCAAAAAGCCUAUAAAAGAUAUUUUUGUAUGUUCCCAAACAAAAUGCUGCUGUUUCGAGUUAAGAACGAUAAAGUGUGACCAACUCAAUAGGCAUCCAUGAAGAAAAAAAGAUAAGAUCAAUACUUUGAAAGCAUUGUAACGUGUGUGACACACACAACCGUAAUAAUAUGCAACAUAAAUGAUACGAGACGUUUUGUUGCCUUUUCUCUCUCGUUGAAUAUUUUUGCAUAUUUUUAAAAAACAAUACAAUCGCACACUUGAUUUCUUUCUAUAUUAAUUAUUAAGCUCACAAAGAAUGAUGUGUGAUAUUUUGAGCGUUUCGCAGUUAUUCAAUUGAGUUCUUACAUAUAUGAAUUAAGAUUAAGAUUAAAGAUAUACUUGUACAACAAAGCGACUAUUUUAUAAAAUAUGAACAUUGCAUACGCAGUUUUCGUCAUGAAAUAUGCACAGAUUAUUGUAUUUUACUCUUUUUUUGUUUAAAGUUAUACAAAAUUAAAAAUAUGCUAAGUGUCAUUAACGUUUUACAUUUCUGGUUUCAAAAUUUGUUGUUUCGAAAUUAACUUUGAAUUUUUUAAACAAUUCUUAACAAAAGACUUUAGACUGCUUUAGUUUUAGGUCAACAAUCAUUAUAUGCAAAUAUUCAAAUACAAUAAGUGUGAUCUGAAAAUGCUUGACCAGAAUUGUAAGGCUUUAAUGAUGCUUAUACGGUUUACAUAUCAAUUACGAUCGGGUGAGUCGGUCGAAUCGUUAUUUAAUAAAAAAUUUUAAAAAACCAUUAAUCUUAGAAUAACUGUAACUGUUGUACCAAAAAACCGAUCGUAUGAAUACUAAGUCGAAAACACUAGUGCAAAUCAUAAACUACUUGUCGAUGUGUCGUCGCAUAGAAUAAUAAUCAAUUCGAAUCUUACCUCUUCGAAAAACAACUAUUGUCCAAAACUUUGGCAAAAUGUACUCUCGUGGAGAAUCGUUGUUUCUCGGAAUUAGCGUGAUUCGAUUAUUUCUGCGUUCCUCUAGUCCAACGACAUAUAAAAUGGGGACCGAAUUACUUGAAUAUUUCACUUGUCGAAUUUCUGUCGAGGGAACACUAAUAACAAAAGAAAAAAAAACUAUUAGCGCUAAUAUAUCAUAUUUUUAGAUAGUAGAAAGAAAUGUGAACGUUAGAAAUCAAUUUAAACUGAUAAAAUGACGCAAGUGGCGAAAUCAAAUCGAUAAGAUAUAAUAUAUAAUUAUUGACGAAAUAAACAUGAAUCGUUCCGAAUGAACUGAUUAUUAUGCAUAUUGCAACCAUCUACUUUUUAAUCCUUGAUAAAGAUAAGAAAUUUCGAAAUGCAGAAUAAAAAACUUAUUUAAGUUUAUCACUUUUUCACUGUUCGUCUUUCUUCUUUUUUACUUUUUCGUUUUAUUAGCACUUGCGAAAAAACACGUUUAACAAUUUUUGCGUUGGUAACGUAAAAAUACAUCUAUACAUCUAUAGACAGUAUAGAUGAUAGAUGCGACGCGAAAUACAUAUGUUAAAAUAAAGAAAAACUAAAAAUUUGUAUGUCUUAAUUUUGCAAGAUUAAAAAAAUACACAACAAAUAUGGCAAAUACAUAAAUAUUUAAACAACUAGACUAACGACAUCUCAUUUAUGUUAAGUUAUGUUAAGUAAACUAGAAUCCGUUAUUUUUUUAAUUUAGCCGUGCUAACGUGACCUUAAUCUGUAUACAUAAUUUGUCAUUUUUAAAAAUAAUA